AAAUCAAAACAUUAUUGUGAUCAUAUUGUGUUGAUAUUUGCGACAUGUGAUAGCUUUCUGUUAUGAUUACGUGUCCUCUUCUCAGAUUUACGUCUGAAUAAGAAGAAUAUUUAUUCAUCACUUCCUCAACUUUGCCCUUUUGGUUGGAAAUCGGCGCACGGGUUUCUUUAUGUAAUGAAAGAUGUCUAUGAUACUUCGAGCUUCGAGUUUACUGCGAAGAGGGAAAACUGCGUUUUCAGCCGCUAAGCUAUCGUCUGUUUCGACAAGAUCACGAAAGAGUUUGUCGGCAUCAUUGGUUCUAGAGGAUGGAACUCGCCUUAAAGGAUAUUCCUUUGGUCAUGGCAAAUCUACAUCUGGAGAAGUGGUCUUUAAUACCGGUCUGACUGGAUACCCUGAAGCACUCACAGAUCCAAGUUACAGAGGACAAAUACUGACCCUGACUUAUCCUAUAGUGGGAAAUUAUGGUGUGCCGAGCACAACAGAGAGAGAUAAAUAUGGAUUAUUAAAACAUGUGGAAUCAGAAAACAUACAGGUGUCUGGAUUGCUUGUUCAGGAUUAUUCUCAUAAUUACAGUCACUGGAAUGCAGUGAAGUCACUUUCAGAAUGGUUGCAAGAAGAAAAGAUUCCAGCCUUGUAUGGAGUAGAUACAAGAAUGUUGACCAAAAUCAUAAGAGACAAGGGGACCAUCCUUGGUAAAAUAGAAUUUGAAGAUCAGCCUGUAGAAUUUGUUGAUCCUAAUAAGAGGAAUUUGACAGCUGAAGUUUCUGUCCAGGAAAAACAAAUUUUUGGUGAAGGAAAUCCAUACAAAGUCAUAGUUGUUGACUGUGGUAUAAAACAGAACAUGAUCCGGCACUUAGUUAUGAGAGAUGCAGAAGUUCACUUGGUGCCUUGGAAUUAUGACUACUCUGAGGAUAUCUAUGAUGGUUUAUUUAUUUCCAAUGGGCCCGGUGACCCUGCCAUGGUAUGGGAUGCUGUUCUGAAUCUGCGCAAGGUGUUGAAGAAUGAGCGUAACCAGCCAAUAUUUGGUAUCUGUAUGGGGAAUCAACUUACCGGUCUGGCAGCUGGUGCACAGACUUACAAGCUGCCACUUGGAAACAGAGGACACAAUCAGCCAGUGAUAAACCAACUCAAUGGACAAGCAUUUAUAACCUCCCAGAAUCAUGGAUAUGCCAUUGAUGAGAAGACUCUUCCUUCAGAUUGGAAAUCACUGUUUAUUAAUGCCAAUGACAACACAAAUGAGGGCAUCAUGCACAAGGACAAACCUAUCUUCACUGCACAGUUUCAUCCGGAGGCAUUUGGUGGACCAACAGACACAGAGUUUCUGUUUGACACAUUCAUGAAUCUUGUGAAAGGUGGGAAAACAUCAGUGGACCAUGCAAUGGGGAGACCAUUUAAAGUUCCAACACCUCCUAAGGUGUCAAAAGUGUUAGUCUUAGGUUCUGGUGGUUUGUCCAUCGGUCAAGCUGGAGAGUUUGACUAUUCCGGAUCUCAAGCAAUAAAGGCGUUGAAGGAAGAAAAUAUGAAGACUGUUCUGAUGAAUCCUAACAUUGCCUCAGUUCAAACUAAUGCAGAAGGAGAGAAGCAGGCAGAUGUGGUGUACUUUGUGCCCAUAACUGAACAGUUUGUUGAAGAUGUCAUAAGGCGUGAAAGACCAGAUGGAAUUUUAUUGUCGAUGGGCGGUCAAACAGCCUUAAACUGCGGAGUUGAGCUGUAUGACAAGGGAGUAUUGAAGAGAUAUGGUGUUGAGGUGCUUGGAACACCGAUAGAGUCAGUCAAAGCCACAGAAGACAGACAAAUUUUUUCAGACAAACUCACAGAGAUUGGAGAGAAGAUAGCACCUAGCGUCGCUGUGGAAACGGAAGAGUCGGCUAUAAAGGCUGCCAAGAACAUUGGUUUUCCUGUCAUGGUUCGAGCUGCGUAUGCUCUUGGAGGACUGGGAUCCGGCUUGUGUGAAAAUGAAGAGAAACUGAGAGAAGUCGCAAGACAGGCACUCAAGCUAUCAAAUCAGAUUCUUAUUGAGAAAUCUUUGUUGGGUUGGAAAGAAAUUGAGUAUGAAGUCGUCAGGGAUGCUGCUGAUAAUUGCAUCACUGUAUGUAACAUGGAGAAUUUUGAUCCUUUAGGAGUUCACACAGGUGACUCUGUGGUUGUGGCACCAAGUCAAACUCUGUCAAAUGAGGAAUAUCACAUGCUGCGAGAAACAGCACUUAAGGUUGUACGCCAUCUUGGUAUUAUUGGUGAAUGUAACAUACAGUAUGCUCUGCACCCAAAGUCUCUGGAGUACUGUAUAAUUGAAGUCAAUGCCCGUUUGUCCAGAAGCUCUGCCCUCGCAUCAAAAGCUACCGGAUAUCCUCUGGCAUUCAUCGCAGCCAAGCUCGCACUUGGAAUACAACUUCCUGACAUCAAGAACUCUACAACAGAGCAAACAACGGCUUGUUUUGAGCCAAGCCUCGAUUACAUUGUCACCAAGAUUCCUAGAUGGGACUUGGACAGAUUUCAUAUGACUUCCAAACAGAUCGGCAGUUCGAUGAAAAGUGUUGGAGAGGUUAUGGCGAUCGGUCGAACAUUUGAGGAGAGCUUUCAGAAAGCUUUGCGUAUGGUGCAUCCCUCAGUGGAUGGCUUUGUGUCUAAGCUUCCCAGUAUGCAUCAGGAGUUGACAGACGGCAAACUUGAAGAUGAGCUAGUUGUUCCAUCAAACACAAGAGUAUACUCCAUCGCUAAGGCGCUUCACCAGAACUAUACAGUGGAUCAAAUACACGAACUGACAAGCAUUGAUCACUGGUUCUUGCACAAAUUGGAUCGUAUUGUGGAAAUAGAGAAAGAUCUAAAGAAUCAGCAACUGGGAUCUUUGCAGCGAGACGAUUUGUUGGAAGCCAAACAAGCUGGUUUUUCUGACAGACAGCUCGCAAGACUGAUCGGUGUGCCAGAAAACGAUAUGAGAAACGAAAGACUUAAACAAGGUGUGAGGCCUUGGGUUAAACAGAUCGACACAAUGGCGGCCGAGUAUCCUGCCAAGACGAACUAUCUGUACAUGACGUACAAUGGCAAUGAAAAUGACCUGUUGUUUAACGACAAAGGUGUCAUGGUGCUCGGGUGUGGCCCGUAUCAUAUCGGCAGCAGUGUCGAGUUUGACUGGUGUGCGGUGUCUUGCAUCAGGACUCUGAGAAACCUGGGAAUCAAAACGGUUGUAGUGAAUCACAACCCAGAGACUGUCAGCACAGAUUAUGAUGAAUGUGAUCGCCUUUACUUUGAGGAACUUUCCCUCGAAAGAGUCUUAGAUAUUUACCAGCAGGAGGUUUGUAAUGGUGCUGUGAUCUCAGUUGGUGGACAAAUCCCCAAUAACCUAGCGCUCCCCCUGUACAUGAAUGGUGUUAAUGUCCUUGGCACCUCUCCCCUGAUGAUAGACGCGGCUGAAGAAAGAUCUCGCUUCUCUGCAACUCUUGACGAGAUUGGAGUUGGCCAAGCGCCUUGGAGAGCCGUUUCUUCCGUGGAUGACGCGUUGAAUUUUGCUGCCACCGUUGGGUACCCAUGUCUUCUCAGACCUUCUUACGUCUUGAGUGGCUCAGCCAUGAACGUAGCUUACGGUCCAGUUGAACUGAAAAAGUUUUUACAAGAGGCUGCCAGGGUGUCACAGGACCAUCCUGUUGUGAUGACGAAAUUCAUCGAGGGCGCUCGGGAAAUCGAAAUGGAUGCUGUAGCUAAGAAUGGAAAGGUCGUCGCCCAUGCUAUUUCUGAGCACGUGGAGAAUGCUGGCGUCCAUUCAGGGGAUGCCACCCUCAUCUUGCCUCCACAGACAAUCAGUGAAGAAGACAUCGCCCAGGUAAAAGAAGCAACCAGGAAGAUUGCUGAAAAGUUCAACAUUUCGGGUCCGUUCAACACGCAGUUUUUAGCCAAAGAUAAUGAAAUCAUGGUGAUUGAGUGCAAUCUACGUGCUUCUCGUUCCUUUCCUUUCGUAUCCAAAACAGUCGGCACAGACUUUAUCACUGUGGCUACAAAGAUAAUGGUGAACCAUCCUCUUGAUGAGCACGCGUUACCUGAUCUGACCACGCCCUUGCAGCCAGUCGGAUAUGUUGGCAUCAAGGCACCAAUGUUUUCAUGGCCGAGGCUUCGUGAUGCUGAUCCGCUUUUGAGAUGCGAGAUGGCGUCAACUGGAGAGGUGGCUUGUUUUGGAUCCACUGCCAAUUCAGCGUUUCUCAAGGCUUUGAUGUCAACUGGCUUCCGUCUGCCUAAGAAAGGCAUUCUGAUUGGUAUUCAGCAAUCCUUGCAGCCAAAGUUUCUUCCAACAGCCAACAAGCUUCGCCAACUGGGAUUCACUCUAUACGCAACAGAAGCUACGGCGCAGUAUUUGAACGAACACAAUAUUCCGGCGCAACCCGUAGAAUGGCCUCUACACAGCGUUGGUGUAAACCCGACUGCUACAAGACUGAUUCAAGAUAAAGAUGUAGACCUGGUGGUGAAUUUGCCAAAUCAGAACACCAAGUACAUCAAAGAUAACUACCUCAUCCGUAGAUCGUCCAUCGACUGUGGAGUCCCACUUAUCACUAACUUGGAGGUCGUGAAGAUGUUUGCCGAAGCUCUUUCAGAAACCGGCCGCAAAAUCGAUGCCACAUCACUCUUCCACUACCAGAAGUCCUCCCAAAGAAAAGCAACGCCUUGAAACGGUUGUCAGGAAACUCAAAAAAUGCUCCCUUUCCCCCCCCCCCCC